ACUGUUUCUCUCACACGGCGCUAGAAGUUCUAUCAAAAAGGUGUUAUGGGAAACAGAGAUGCAAAGUCAUUGUCACUAGCCAGGAUUUUGGAAGUCCGUGCCUACCUGGAGUGACAAAAUACCUUAACGUCAGCUAUGCAUGUGUUCCUAAAUUUAUCCUCACGGCUGUCAACCCCCUCGUCACCGAUAACAAGUCUUCCAUCAAACAGAACGAUGGUGUCGACCUUGAUCCAAAGGAAUCAAGACUUCCAAAGAAAGAUGGAACUAUUGUUAGCAGCUCUUUGGCUACAUUUGCAUACAUUAGAGAUCACCCUGAAAGAGCCGCUCUCCUCUUUGUGUCCAGUGUCUGUGUGGGAUUAAUCUUCACACUCUGUGCUUUGGUGAUCCGCACGUCGUGCUCGCGUGACUUCCAGAAAUGGCACAGGAAGAAGGAUCAGUUAGUGCCAGAAAGUGACAGAGCGUACGAGAACAGUGAAAAUGAGGAAGAGGAGGAGGAGGAGGAGGAAGAUUCCUCUGAUUCAGACGUCCAGGAUGAGAUAGCGGGACUUUACAGACCUUCUUACUCAGGUUAUAAUUCAACAGAGGCAGCAGAACUGGCUGAAAGGAUAGAGCGCAGGGAGCAGAUCAUACAAGAAAUUUGGAUGAACAGUGGUUUGGAUAUGACACCUCCUAGAAAUAUGAAUAUGUUUUAUAUUAAUGAACAAUAA